AUGGACCAGCCGGCCGGCCUGCAGGUGGACUAUGUGUUCCGGGGUGUGGAGCAUGCCGUGCGCGUGGCGGUGUCGGGGCAGGUGCUGGAGCUGGAGGUGGAGGACCGGAUGACGGCUGACCAGUGGCGGGGCGAGUUCGAUGCCAGCUUCAUCGAAGAUUUGACUCACAAGACAGGGAACUUCAAACAGUUCAGCAUCUUCUGUAACAUGCUGGAGUCGGCCCUUACCCAGAGCAGUGAGUCAGUCACCCUUGACCUGUUGACCUACACAGAUCUGGAGUCCCUGCGGAACCGCAAGAUGGGGGGCCGCCCAGGUCCCUCGGCCUCCAGGUCGGCCCAGCUCAACUCGAAGCGCUACCUGAUUCUCAUUUACUCCGUGGAGUUUGACAGGAUUCACUACCCGCUGCCCCUCCCGUACCAGGGCAAGCCGGACCCCGUGUUCCUUCAGGGCAUCAUCCGCUCACUGAAGGAGGAGCUGGGCCGCCUUCGAGGGCUGGACGGCCAGGACCCUCGGGACACCCGGGAUGCUGAGAUCUGGCACCUGCGGGAGCAGGUGACGCGCCUGGCUGCUGAGAAGCGAGAGCUGGAGGCCCAGCUGGGCCGAUCGCGCGAGGAGGCGCUGGCCGGGCGGGCGGCGCGCCAGGAGGCCGAGUCGCUGCGCGGGCUGGUGCGCAGCCUGGAGCUGGAGCUGCGGCAGGAGCGCGGCCUCGGGCCCCGCGGCGCCGGCCGCCGCAGCCAGGACUGCCGCCGCCUGGCCAAGGAGCUCGAGGAGGUGAAGGCGUCCGAGCGGAGCCUGCGCGUCCGGCUGAAGUCGCUGAACUGCGAGCUGGCGGCGUACCGGAGCGGGAGACGGGCCUCGCCGGUGGUGCCGCGCCCAGCCCGGGAGGACCGCGCCUCGUCGUCCAGGGAGCGGUCCACGUCGCGGGGCCGCGGCGCCGCCCGCUCGUCCUCCCGGGAGAGUGGCCGCGGCGGCCGCGGGCGCGGCGGCCCCGCGCGCACCUCGCCCUCGCCCUCAGGUGGUCGCCUGCCCCGGUUCGACCCCACAGCCUUUGUGAAAGCCAAGGAGAAGAAGCUGCGGGAGAUCAAGAUGAAGCAGCAGCAGCAGCAGCGGCGGCAGCGGCACCGGCUGGGCAGCGGAGGAAGCGGGGACGGGCCGGCCAUCUCCUGGGCUCGCCAGACUCGUCCCCCUGCUGCCGUGACGGGCCGAGGGGACGCGGCUAACCGCUCCCGAAACCGCAGCUCCUCGGUGGACAGUUUCCGCAGCCGCUGCUCAUCCGCCAGCUCCUGCAGCGAGUUCGGGGAUUUCUCGGGAUCCCUCUCUAGGGGCAUUCUCAGCCGCGGGAAGCGGUCCGGAUCGGCAACGAUGAGUGGGUCCAACACGUUGCAGAAGUUCACUCCCAUGGAACGCGGCCGCCGUCCAAAGCAUCUGGCCAAUUCUGGGGGCUGGGUCCCCAUCAAAGAGUACAGCUCUGACUAUCAGGCAACCGACAUCGCGGAGAUAGACGCCCGUUUGAAGGCCUUGCAGGAAUACAUGAACAGACUGGACACAAGGUCAUGA